AUGUCUUCUAUGCCAAAUAAGUUCAAUCCUCACUGUGAUGAUAACAAUCGUGGUUUUUCCUCCAUCCAAAUGAAUCAAAAUUCUCAAAUGGUUCAUUCGAGGUUCAUUACUUCGGAUCACACAAACCAUGGUGAUCUGUUUUCAUCAUCUCCUUCUUUUUCUUGUUUUCAUAAUUCACAUGCCUCUUCAUCUUCAUUUGGAUUCCAAAAUUCACAUGUGGAAAAUCAUAUGAUGAAGAGAAACAUAAUUUCUGAUGACAAUUAUUUUUCUAUCACAAACAAUCCUCAUUUUACUCGAGUUUCUUUCACACAAACCAUUACAAACAAAUUUACAGCCAUUGUUCCUACUAAUACACUUGACGCUGUACAAUAUGAUGCUCAACGUGUCAAACGUGCCAUGAAUCCCAAAACCAAUAUUUGGAAUCCUAUAUUUUCUCCUCCAAAUACUUUUGAUAAACAAUGCGAAUUUUUGAAUCCUAAACCUCUUAAUGUCAUUUUUCCGAGUCAAAAUUCUGCAUAUCCUCAACAUUUAGACAUGUUUUCCUUGUCAUCAAAGCACAAUCAUGAUCAACGUGUUCUCCAAGAUGGUCGUUCUAUGAAGAAAAUCUUGAAACCAACCAUAUUUUUUGAAGCAACUACUGAUUACAUUGAGUCUCAAGAAAACGAGAAAAGUAACAAUGAUCACAAUGAUGGUAGGACACAUAGUCUACCAUAUGAAAAAUAUGGUCCAUAUACAUGUCCCAAGUGCAAUGGCGUCUUUAAUACUUCUCAAAAAUUUGCUGCACAUAUGUCAUCUCACUACAAGAAUGAAACAAGCGAAGAAAGAGAACAGAGAAUUCGUGCAAAGAACAAAAGAAAAUUUUGUAAACUAAAUCGUGAAAUUAAUGGUGAGCCUCAAAAGACCAAACAAGAGGAUGUGGCCAACAACAGUGAAAAAAGUGACGAUAAAACUUUCCAACAUCUUGUGGUCGUAAAAGAAGAGCUUGUUUAG